CUCUUCAAUCUCAUCUCUUAUUCCUUCUUCCUUCUUGUCAUCUUCAUCAUCGAAUGUUCGAAGGAAGAUGGGGAACAACAACACGACGGGGAGUAUUGAAGAGAAAGCUCGGGAUGAGGCCAUGGAAGCGCAUUCUAGUCGCAAGUUAGAAGAAGAAAAUCGAGUCGAUGAAACAAAGGAUUCGCAUGAGAUCAAGAAUGAAGGGCUGGAUUUUAAUCGUGGCAUAGAAGAUGAUCGAUGUUGUUUAAGCGAAAAUCCUAAGGAGAUGUCGAAGGCUCUCGCCAAUGAAGCUUUUCCUAAUGAUUCGAGCAAUGUUGAAGACUCGAAAGAUUCGAGUUUGAAAGAAGCAACACUUGUUUUUGGUAAUGAAAUGAGCGAUCAGAAUGAAUCAAGCAAUUUGAAAGAGGAACUACGCUCGAAUGGCAUGGAUUCAUAUGCAAAAGAAUCGUCGACUAUAUUGAAUUUUCACGUCGUACUUCAUGAAGCUAUCGAAACGAAAGAUGGAAGUAUACCAAGAGACGAGAUCGAGGGAUCGUGCAAUCCAUCCGAGAUCGAACCAAAAUGCCGUAUGAUCGACACCAAAGCCAAAAACGACUCAAAUAAAAGUGUCCCGUUAAAUUCGAGCGUGAAUAAUGGCGAGAAAAGCGACAACUUGGUUGAUGGCAAGAUGGAUAGUGAAAGUAGUGAUGAAACAAUCGUUUCUUCGCUAAAUUCUUCCCCGCGAGAAUUCGAAAAAAAAUGCGAACUCCCAAAUGUGUAUGUAGAGAAACAAGAAUCCAUCGAAGUAGAUUCACGUUUCGACCAUAAAGCUGAGCCAAUACAUGAGCAACAUCAGAUGUGCUUAGAUGACUCCUCAAACAUCGAGCUAGAGAACAUCGACGACGAUGCCCAACCGGAGGUCGAUUCGAUCGCAAGAAACAAACUCGAAGAAGACAACAAUAAGUCGGAGGACGUCAACGACAUUUCACACGAUGUCGUAACAACACAAUCAUCGCUCGAUACUACCGACGUCGAUCUACCUCGGAGCAAUCAAUCCGAUUCUGACAUGGAAUCGAAACCCGAAACAUUACAAGAAAUCGGGUUCGAGCCGAAGCCAAAGGACAUCGGCGUGCAAACCGAGAUGAGAAAGUCCCCGAGCUUCGACUUCGGCAUGGCAACGUACACGGCGAGGUGCGAAGAAUCGGAUCAAACUCCGUUGCUUUACAACGACAGGGCGAUGACGAAAAUUUUCUCGAGCUGCUCGGCUCGAUUCCAAAUCCGAAACGUCGAGUGCUCGGAGAAGCCAUUGCAGAGCGAAGCAGUCGAGGUCGAAGAGAAGACGAUUAGAAUGGAAAGAAGCAAUUCUGAAAGCUCGGGUUUAACGACACCGUCUCUUGAAUCACCGAAGGUUAAUGUCGACGUGAAAAUGUCGCCGGAAAAUGAAGAUUGCUCCGCGCCGGCGCCGGCGAAAGAAGUGGGGAAGAAGAAGGCGAGGCCAUGGCUAUUCACUACUUGCAUUUGCUGCUCGGGAGCCAUCAGUUAAGGUUUUGCUGUUUUUGUGAAGCUUUUGUUGAUUUUUGAGGGAAAUAUUUA